GUACAUGCGCAAAGUGCACGGGAGGUGUUUACGGUGCUGAUCAGGCCUGCCAGGCCAUGGGACAAGUGUACCAUGACAGCUGCUUCACCUGCUGUGUCUGCGGCCAGAAACUGAAAGGGAAGGCGUUUUAUGAUUUUUCAGGACGGGUGUUCUGUGAGGAGGAUUAUUUGUAUUCCAGCGUCAAGCACUUCGCAGAGGUCUGCACUUCCUGCGGAUAUUUAAUCACAGAUAUGGUGCUCCAGGCUUUGGGAAAGUCCUUCCAUCCCGACUGUUUCCGCUGUGUCAUCUGUAAUGAGAAACUGGAGGGACAGCCGUUUAGUGUCGACACACAAAACAAGAUAUAUUGUGUGAAAGAUUACCACAGGAUUUUGGCACCGACAUGUGCAAUAUGUGAACAGCUCAUCCUUCCUACUAAGGGUUCAAAUGAGAUUGUGCGAGUGAUGUCCAUGGGAAAAAGCUACCACGUGGCCUGUUAUGAAGGAAAAAGCAACAUUUAAUCACUGUUCCGUCUGAAGAAAAUCAUAAUUAUUCAUUGUUUAUGUUUUUGUACCACUGUAUUGUUGUUAAGUACCAUGUAAUUGAUAAAUGUUGACAUGAAAAUUGAAUUUAAAUACCAUAUAAUAUAUAUAA